GCGCGUGCUGGCGUGCGCGCUCUCGUGGCUCUAUUGUGUUUUUAUUCACUGGGGGAGACCACCGGGGCGACAGGGGGCCACGAAACCAUGGCGGACGAACAAGAAAUAAUGUGCAAGCUGGAGAAUAUCUUGGAAAUACGGAAUAAGACCAUCCAGAUGCAGAAGAUUAAGUCCCGUCUAAAGAUUGAGUUUGAGGCUCUGGAGUCCGAGGAGAAACAUCUGAAAGAGUAUAAACAAGAGAUGGAUCUCCUUCUACAAGAGAAAAUGGCUCAUGUGGAGGAACUGCGCCUUAUCCACGCAGAUAUCAAUGUGAUGGAGAGCACUAUCAAGCAGUCGGAGAAUGACCUGAAUAAGCUGCUUGAAACAACUCGCCGCCUACACGACGAGUACAAACCCCUGAAGGAGCAUGUCGAUGCCCUCAGGAUGACUUUAGGUCUGCACAGGCUCCCCAACUUGAACGAAGAGGAGGAGAAGCUCUCCCUGGAUUACUUCGAGAAGCAGAAAGCGGAGUGGCAGAAAGAGCCGCACGAGCCCGCCAUCCCGGAGUCGCUCGCCGCCGCGGCCGCCGCCGCGCAGCAGCUUCAGGUGUCCAGGAAGCAGGACGCCCGCCAGACGGCCACCUUCAGACAACAACCGCCGCCCAUGAAGGCCUGCCUGUCCUGCCACCAGCAGAUCCACCGGAACGCUCCCAUCUGUCCGUUAUGUAAGGCUAAGAGCCGCUCCCGCAACCCAAAGAAGCCCAAGAGGAAGCCAGAUGAGUAGAUCCCAGGAGCGACUCACACCUGCAGCUUCAGCGAGCAACUGGUCCAACUCCCCGACCUCCCGCCAGCUGUGUACUGUACAUGUGGUUACAUGGCUGAAGUAGCAGGACCACUUCCGCCCCGCCCCCCCUGCUUUAACAAGCUGUCUUAGUAAUUUGUCGAACCAUGUGUCGAGAGUUGUUUGUGUUUAUCGGUGCUUCGGAUGUGUUUGUAUUAUGUAACUGUGUUUGCUAGACCCUAAACAAUGUAAAUGCAAUAAUGCAAAAAAAAAAAAAAAAAGAAUUUGUCCCAAUGCUGUUGCUAUUGUUUAUUGCCUUAGAUAUUUUACUGUAUUUUCGUCUUUUUCUCGCGUUGCAUGCUCCUAGCCACGGCUGUCCGUUGUGUAUUUUUGUGCCAGUAUGUAAUCUUAUAGGUUGAAUUUACAAAGCUAAAUACAACACAGUGUUGUUUUAAUGUUUACAGCAAAACUGGAGGGAAAGAAAAA